AGCGGAGGAAGCAUCGGAAGCAGCGCGGCGCUAUCGGAAACAUCCUUGUGUUUUUCCGUGUCGCAGACAGACUCCUUCUCCGCGAAGGUGGACUCCAUUCUCCGGGGUGGUUACCUGACACCAAUGGGUGCUGUGGGGUCCAAGAGGCUGUGUCUGGUGUGCGGCGACUUUGCCUCUGGUUUUCAUUAUGGAGUAGCAUCUUGUGAAGCCUGCAAGGCAUUUUUCAAGAGGACCAUACAAGGCAACAUCGAGUACAGCUGCCCAGUGAUGAACGAGUGCGAGAUCACCAAGCGGAGGAGGAAAGCCUGUCAGGCCUGCCGCUUCCAGAAGUGUCUCCAGGCCGGGAUGAUGAGGGAAGGUGUGCGUUUGGACCGCGUCAGAGGGGGGCGCCAGAAGUACAAGAGACGGGUGGAGACGGGAAUGUGUCACUACACCAAAGCCCCGUACAGCCACCCAGUCAGCAGCAGAAACAAGAUGAUUUCCCAUUUGCUGCUGACAGAACCCGCCCCCUUAGACGCCAAUCAUGACGAUUCAACCAAUGACAGCAGCCUCCAGACCCUACUGACCCUCUGUGACCUCCUGAACCGGGAGCUGUUGGUUCUGAUUGGCUGGGCAAAGGAGAUCCCAGGUUUCGCCGGACUCUCACUGGUCGAUCAGAUGUCGCUGCUGCAGAGCGGCUGGAUGGAGGCUCUGCUGGUGGGCGUGGCCUGGCGUUCGCAGGCCCAAUCGGGGGAGGAGCUUGUGUUUGCUGGGAACCUGAGGUUGGGCGAGGCUCAGUGUCGAGCCGCCGGAUUGGCCGACCUGUACGAGGCGCUGCGUCACCUGAUGGCGAGAUACCAGGUGAUGAAGCUGACCCCUGAGGAGGUGGUGACGCUGAAGGCCAUGGCCCUGGCAAACUCUGACGCCGACCCGGUGGACUGUCCGGACGCGGUGCAGAGGUUCCAGGACGGGCUCCACGAGGCUCUGCAGGAGUAUGAGUCUUCCCGCAGGGAGCAGCACCGGGCGGGCCGCCUUCUGAUGAGCCUCCCUCUGCUGCGACAGACCGCCGACCGAGCUGUGCAGGCCUUCCUGCGGCUGCACCGCCAGCACCGCAUCCCGCUGCACAAACUGCUUUUGGAGAUGCUUGACGCCAAGGCCUGAGCACUUCCUGUCAGCUGUCACAUGACCUGAGCACUUCCUGUCAGCUGUCACA